CGUAGUAAGAUACAGCGGUCAAUUAGAAAAAAACUAAUCUUUAGCUAAAAAAUUUAUGACAAGUAACUAAAUAAAUUUUGAUCCAACUAAAAAGCAGUUCGUAAAAAAUGCUGUCUUGUUUUAUUUAUAUGUUUUUAGUUUUCAUGUUUAUAAGCAAUCCUAUAGAAGCAACAACUUUUACAAAUGAAAAUAAAAAUAUCUCGCUAACCUUUCCUAGGUUGACUACAAAGUGUGCUACUGGAAAAGUUUAUAAAAAUGGUCGGUGCUUAGAUGUUUUUUGCUCUUAUGGCUUUAUCGAAGAGCAGUCAACAUGUGUGAAAAAAAACAAUGACAAUAAUGAAGUAAUCAGUAAACCUAAUUUUAACUCAUGUAUUAUGACCAAUAGCGCUUCGAUCUACAUGAAGUUUAUUGGAACAGUUUCUAGUCAGGAUUUUGAGAACAUUGAAAGCGGUUACUCUUUAAAACAGACUCGAGAUGAUUAUAUAAUAGAAAUUAUUCCAAAAAAUAAGCAAACACUGUUCAAAGUUGAAAAAGAUAUUGAAAAUUGGAUAAAAAAUUCUAAUGUGCAAAGUUUGGCUGUCGUGUCGGCAAAGGUAAGCUACUCUACCUUAUAUGGCUUUGAUAUUGGUAGAACAUUUGCAAAUGAGAGUAUAUGUGCUGAUUUGGAAACCUUUCCAGUUGAAAAUAAAAAUUUUAUGCUAAACUGUUCUUAUAACAUGAAUAACAAAAUCUAUCAAUCUCAUGAAUAUGUGAUUUGGAGUGAAGAGCAUAAAAAGGAAAAAGUGUACCAAAGAAAAAUCAGCGUGUGCAAAAAUUUUUAUCAUACAAAAAACCAGUUCUGUCGCAUGCAAUUACUCGACAAUUAUAAAAUUAAAAAUUUCUCAAUUGUUUAUAAUAAAACUAUAUUGAAUCCAAAUUCGUAUUUGCCGUUUCCUGAGGGGAUCGCAAUAUGCAAGUCAACUCAAACUGACGUUUUUCCUAUGAAAAUAAAAAUUAGUAAUCAUUGGACAAUUGCGUUAUAUAUUUUACCUGCAAGCAUGUUUUGUUAUGUGUGGCUUAUUACGGUACACUUUUGUUUUAAAAGUCUGCGCAACACUUUGGGUUACAUUAAUGUCGGAUUUUGUUUCUCAUUUCUAAUAGCUGAUGUUCUGCUUUAUGCGGAAUUAUUUACAAAAGAAUAUUGUUCCUUUUUUGGUAUUGCAAUGCACUGGACAUUACUUUUAGGAUUUACCUGGUUGUUAUUACUCAGCUGUGAAAUCUGUCGAACAAGAUAUGCAAGUUUGACGGGUAGUAUGACUAGUUUUAAAAGAAUAAUUGCAUAUGUCAUAAUUGCGUUGUUUGUAGCAUCAUCAGGAAUCAUUUUUCAAAUAUUUUUCUCGUCAGGUGAGAGUCUUAAAGAGUAUAAAAGUGGACAUAAAUCAAGUACAUCUCAUAAUUUUUAUCAUUUACUAGAAAGCUGCUGGAUUUGUGCUUUGCGAAGCAACAUGUUUAGCUAUAUCUUACCAAUAUCAAUUGUUACAAUUAUCUCAAUAUUAUUGCUAACUAUUUCUAUGAUUAUGAUGAAACGAAAUAAUAACGGAGUUAAUAUUGCAAACAAUAGUUCUCAAUGUAAAAGCAAUUCUCCGCAACAGUUAGCCCUCAAGAUAUUACUCAUUGUCUUUAUGAUUGAAGGUUUGUCGUUUUUAAAGCUUACCUCCGUUAGUAGUAUGUAUGCGUUUGCAGUUUGUUAUACAAUUACAAGAAGUUUAAAGGGGGUCAUAAUCUUCCUAGUAAUGAUUUUAAGCGAGACUCUCAGAACUUUGCAUAUUAACAAAAUAAAAUCAUUAAUUUGCAAAUCAAAAGAAUCCGAUGAUGACAUUCGAAUGCAAAGCGUUGCAUUAGUUAAUGUUAAAGAAAGUUGUCAAGACGAAAUAGAAUCUGAGACAACUCAUUUUUAAUCUAUUUUUUUUUCCUUGUCUGAUCCUUUUUUAGAAGAAAGAAGCUAACACUGGACAAAUUUUUUCCAUAUUUUACUAAUGUUGAAAAAGGAGAGAGGUGCAUAUGGCGUCUAAAUUUUUAAAACUCUCUCUCAUUUUAAGGAAAGCGGUGCAUAUGAAGGAAAGUGUUGCAUAUAGUUUUUUAAUGUAAAAAUCCUUUUGAUAUCCAAUUUAUUGUUUUGUCAAAAAAAAUGCAUAAAGGUUUUUAACAAUAUUUUGAAAAAAUAAGUCUUCUGUCAAACAACCAAUAGCACUCGAUUGUUCGUAGUUGUUAACGCUCGGUUGUUCUUAACCAAUAACAGUAGGUUGUUCGUUGUUAGUUGUUAGUAGAAGUUUAAUUUUUUCAAAAAUUAAAAUUAUUUAUAAAGUUUUUAAAGUAAAAUAUAUGUUUAAAGUUAAUAAAAAUUGUGUAACGCUGUCAUAAUGAAAUUAUAUGAAAGUAAUUUGUAGCUU